AUGGCUUUCGCUUCCCUUUUCUUCUCCCUACUUUUGUUUUCGAUCGUUUUCGCACAAGAAAACAAAAACGCUCGAAUUUUUAACGAUCGAGCUUCUCUCCUCACGUUUGUCUUCGCAGUCAGAAAUGACCCCGGAAACGUGCUCAAGAACUGGACCAGUUCUUCGCAGGUCCAUAUGUGUAACUGGACUGGAAUCACGUGCAAUGCCGAUCGUGAUUCYGUUCUCGAGUUAGAYCUUAGUGGAGCUUCGCUCCACGGUAUUAUAUCUCCAGCCAUUUCCAARCUUUCAAGRUUAACGGUUUUGGAUCUUUCUAGAAACUUCUUCGAGGGYGGGAUUCCACRAGAGAUYGGGUAUCUCGUGGAGCUCAAGCAGUUWAGUCUAUCGUCGAAUCUUCUUCGAGGGAAAAUCCCGUUUGAGAUCGGGUUUCUUCUUCGGCUACAAUAUCUUGAUUUGGGAAGCAAUAAGCUCGUAGGUGAGAUACCGAUAAGUCUUUUUUGUAACGGCUCGUCAGCGCUCGAGUAUGUUGAUAUCUCGAAUAACUCGAUAAGCGGUCAGAUUCCRUUGAAGGAAGAAUGUGAAGUUAAAGAGUUACGGUUUCUUCUCGUUUGGUCGAACCAACUUUCGGGUCGAGUUCCUCGWGCRCUUUCUAAUUCCUCMAAGCUUAAAUGGUUGGAUUUAGAAUCGAACUUUUUCGAAGGGGAAUUGCCGUUUGAGACKGUGAAGAACUUGUCGAACUUGCAGUUYGUUUAUUUGUCGUACAACCRUUUCUCAGGCCCUCUCGARCCRUUCUUUUCGRCUUUAUCUAACUCYCAACAUUUGCAAGAACUCGAGCURGCUGGAAACAGACUGUAYGGAAAGAUUCCCGACAUYAUCGGGGAUCUUUCCAARAGUCUGGUCCAAUUACAUCUCGAURACAAURAGRUAUCCGGAGRGAUUCCUCSSAAUAUCUCGAACCUCRUGAACCUCACCCUUCUCAACUUGUCUAGCAACUUCCUGAACRGAACGAUCCCGCAUGAGCUAUUCCAAAUGGGGAAACUCGAACGYCUUUACCUAUCRAAUAACUCGCUUUCYGGUGAAAUCCCGUCGGAUUUCGGGAACGCGUCCCGGUUGGGUCUUCUCGAUUUGUCAAAAAACCAACUAUCUGGCUCAAUCCCGGACGCAUUCUCGAGUCUUUCGCAGCUACGAAGACUCUUGCUUCAUAACAACAGGCUUGUGGGAAYGAUCCCCACGAGCCUGGCACAAUGYGUWAACUUGGAGAUUCUCGACCUUUCGCAUAAUCAAAUUUCGGGUUYRAUUCCRAGUGAUUUCGCAAGAUUGAACAGCCUGAAGUUGUAUUUAAACAUCUCAUACAAUCARCUGGAUGGACCUCUGCCAUCGGAGCUCAGCAAGAUGRACAUGGUUCUGGCCAUGGAYCUAUCRUCGAACAACUUYUCCRGCRUAAUUCCAGCACAGCUCGGRAGCUGCAUUGCACUCGAACUCCUCAACCUYUCCRGYAAUGCAUUCGAAGGCCCUCUUCCAGAUUCMMUCGGAAAACUGCCGUUCCUWGARRCAUUUGAUGUUUCGAGGAACAGAUUGUCGGGAAAGAUCCCGGAAUCUUUCYCGRCAUCUUCKAYGUUSAARCAACUUAACUUCUCRUWCAAUAACUUCUCCGGSAACACGUCGUUUCCAUUUCUUAAUAUAGAUUCUUUUCUCGGAAACCCCGGACUUUGCAGUAGUUCGAUCGCGGGGCUGCCGCUCUGCAAAAACAGGCGAAAGAAGAAUUUGAUUCGGCUGCCGCUUUUGAUAACGAUACUUGCGAUUGCCACCUUCUUGAUGUCUCUGAUUCCUGUAGUUUUCAAGUCGAAACCGAAGAGGAGAUUUUUGAAAAUAUUUAGCCGAAAACUCGGUUGUGAAGAAGACGAAGAACAAGAAAGAAAAGAACAAAGCUACCCAAAAAUCUCUCGUCAAGAACUCAUUGAAGCAACCGGUGGAUUUAAAGGCUCGAAUUUGAUCGGAUCAGGCCGAUUCGGGCAAGUUUACAAGGGAGUUCUCAAAGACAACACGAGGGUUGCAGUGAAGGUUAUAUGCUACGCGAAAACCGCUGAAAUCGUGGGGAGUUUCAAGAAAGAAUGUGAAGUUUUGAGGAAUACCCGACAUAGGAAUCUGGUACGGAUCAUAACGAUCUGUAGCAGACCUGAUUUCAAGGCUCUCGUUCUUCCUUUGAUGCAGAAUGGGAGCCUUGAGGACCAUUUAUACCCAAGUGACGGGUUAAGCCGUGUGGACUUGGUUCAGAUGGUUCGCAUUUGCAGCGAUGUGGCCGAAGCGUUAGCUUAUUUACACCACUACGCACCGGUYAAGGUGGCUCAUUGUGAUCUCAAACCGAGCAACAUUCUUCUCGAUGAUGACAUGAAUGCUUUAGUUUCAGAUUUCGGCAUCGCUAAAUUGGUGAAGGACGAGGUCGAGAAGAUCCCGAUGGCGGCCGGCGGCUCCCCUUCCAUUAGCUCGACUGACGGAUUGCUUUGUGGAUCGAUUGGUUACAUUGCUCCCGAAUACGGCAUGGGUCGACGAAUGUCGACACAAGGAGACGUCUACAGUUUCGGGGUCUUGUUGUUGGAGAUGGUGACACGAAAACGGCCCACGGAUAUGGUUUUUCAAGAGGGUUCGACUUUACAUGGAUGGGUGAAGAGUCAGUAUCCACACAAACUCGAACUCAUCGUAAAAGAAGCCCUCAAAAACUACACACCUGUUACAACGUUAACUACUACGUCGUGCAGUACUAAACUACUGCACGACAUGGUCUUGGAGCUCAUUGAACUCGGGUUAAUAUGCACACAAUACAACCCGUCAACCAGACCAACGAUGCUCGAUGUGGCACAUGAGAUGGCUACAUGGAAAGAAUACCUUUUCGAUCCUUCCAACCGAUCAAUUGAAUAACUGAUUUGCUUCUAAACAACUAAC